GCCUUGUCGCAGCUCCCGGCUUCAUUGUCGGGUACCGUAACCACUCGUUUUCAGAUGCACUUGGGUGUAUACCUGGCUCUGGUAGCCACCGCUUGCUACGCACUAGAUCGCAAUGUCGGCUACCUUAUGUCCAGAGAUCUCAAUGACGCUGCUAAUGGACGGCUAAGGUGCUAUGUAGGUAUUGUCACCACCUAUAACAACACAUCGAUUGGAACAGAAGUUUUCUGUGAUGGAUCUUGCGGUUCGAUAUCAACGCAAGCCGGAGGGUACAAUUUCACCACCUACAACUGUUUCCCGACGAGCUUCUGCGACAUGGCAAAUUUGACAAACACUUGCGCUCAGAUUUACGUAGAUCGAGAUCUGUCAGGAUGUUGCUGUAACACGGAUAAUUGCAACGUACAAGGCACCAACAUUAACACCACCAUUCCGAUCGCUCCACCAGAAGAGCCGAUUGCUUGCUACUCGGGAAUUUCCAUCAACAACGUUACCACAGCUGGUUCCGAGUAA